UUGUCCGCCGACGGAUAUAACGGCAGCAAUUCGUCAACUCCAUUUUCGCGAAUUAAGAAAGAUCCAUGGCGUCGUGUGCUGGGAGGGUGGCUCGCUUCUACCCCCUCACCCCCUCACCCCCUCCAACCACCGUUCAACGCGUCACUUCGCUCGCGCCUGACAAAUCAUCGCUCCGCUACGCGCCGGUAAAGCACCUGCGAUGAAGCGACCAUUCUCUUCAGUGUGUCCCUCCCCCCCCCCCCUCCCUCCUACAUACUGCCCUCUCCAUCAACCCGGGCCUAACUACUUCGUGGUGCACGGAGGCCCAUCAAAACCUUUUUUUUUUCCCCCUUGGUGAUCAAGAAAAUGUAGUACAGGUUUAACCAAAAAAAAAUAUAUAUAUAUAAGCGCCACAUGAAAAAAAAAUUGAAGGGGAGGGGAGGAUGAAAUUGGAAGCUAAAACAUCGAAAGAAAAACAAUAAUAAUCCACUUAUUUCAUGAGCGUGUUGAAAAUGAAAAUGCGACCGAGUGCAGAACCGUGUAGCACACAACCCGACCGCUAAUUAAGACAAUUAUUUUGUAUCAAUGAAAAAAUAUUUUCAUUGAAUUCUUUGUUAAUAAUAAUUAAAUACUAAAAAAAAGGGGGGAGGGGCGAAAAUGUGUGGAGACCAAUAAACGUACCCAGAUGCCAUAUUAAGUUAUUUAUUUUCUAUAGAAGGAAUUAAUGUCGGAGUACUUAACUCGAACAGGUUCAUGAGUUGCGCACGUUUUUAUCGCUAUAAGUGGGAACAUAUAUUUUUUUUAAUAUAAUUGAAUCUAGUUGCGUUAAACCAUGUAUUAAAAAAGUGAAACUCGGGAACUAAAUAAAUAUAUUUAUCUUGAUGCCCUGUGGCAUGUCUGCCAGUGUGUUUUAAUUUUUAAUCAUUUUAGUAACGUUGUUUUUAGUUAUGUUUGUUAUUUAUAUUAUUCACUUAAUUUGUUAAUUUAAUCAUGGUAAAUUUGGCUCUUAAUAUAUCACGUUGGCAAUGACUUUGAAAAGACUCUGGAACGAGCUGGAAGCUCGGAGAAAAAGAAGUUUUAUUUGAGUCUCAGCUUAUAAUUAAUUUAUGUAGGUUAUAAAUGGAUAUAUUUAUAUUUAAAUAAGCAAACAUUUGUAGUAUUUAUACUUAUAUAUGUUAACGUGUGCGGAUAUAAACUGUAGUAAGUGCGAGAGACAUAUGACGUAUGGUGGAGGCGCGCGCAACUGGAAAGUGCGAAGUGCGCAGUGUUUGUGUGUGUUGACGCCAAGGCCCGAAUUCAGAGUUGACCUUCGAAAGCGCAUCCAACUCGCAUUCAUCUGGCACUCUCUCCACCUCUCAUACUUCAAAAACGCCUUUCGAAUGACUGCCAGCUGAAAGCUUGUUCCCAUCCACUUUCGGUGAAGAUCUGGCAACAUGGCACAAAAAUUUUCUUAGAUCAAGUACUUGGAGUGAGUGUGGAAAAGCGCCCUAUUUCAUUUCGAUUGUCUUUUGUCUGCUCUCCCGCUGAAAAAAAAAAAUAUUUUGUUUGGAUUGGACACGAGGUUGAGAAAUUUUCUGAAGAUGGAUACGUUGCCUAAAAUUAUAGCGUUUACUCCAGAUGAAAAAGCGAUUAUUUUUGAUCUCGUGAGUAAGCACAAAACCGUAAUCGAGAAAAAAAACAGAUGCAGUUUUUAACAGAGAAAAAAAAAUUGUGUUUCGAACUCUUGAUCCCGAUAAAAAUCAAACGGGUCUGCUAAAUUUCUUAUAUAUCUUCGCGGAACUGGAUUUUCAUUUUCAAAAUCAUUAAAAAAUUCAAAAACCUCGUCAAUGUGAUUUGGAAAUUCAUCCAAAUCUUCUGCCAUCGCUACAAAACACGUGACUGAUGCACACUUUGCGGGCGAAACGAUUUCUUUAAAAACGCACAUUUAAUUCCAAAACAUUUUACAUAUCUGCCAUAUGACGAAAAUGUUUUAAACAAUUACAAACAUACAUGAACACGUUUUUAUGUGGGAAUUAUAUAUUAAAACCAUCAACUGCUCCGCCGAUUUUCAACUGAACAGGCGUUCGAAUGAGCUUCAGACCACAUUCACUUUCAAGUGGUUGGCUCUCCUUAUCCAGCAGUCAACCAACCACUGAAAAACGUCUCUGCCGAGCAGCUUCAAUUGAAAAGCCUUUCGGUCACAGCGGUGGACUAUUGGGCGGAGUGCUGUCUCCCGACCACUGCUAUGGACACGAGGGUUACCACUGGUCGUGCGGUGAAGAGCUACGAGCAGUCAGCAGCGCCCAGCGAGGGAGUCUGCCGGCUGUUGCGAGCAGGAGAGGACGUGAGUGUGCAGGUUUUAUGUGUGCUGUGUCAGGUCACGGCGGUGGACUAUUGGGUGGAGUGCUGCCUCCCGACCACUGCUAUGGCCACGAGGGUUACCACUGGUCGUGCGGUGAAGAGCUACGAGCAGUCAGCAGCGCCCAGCGAGGGAGUCUGCCGGCUGUUGCGAGCAGGAGAGGACGUGAGUGUGCAGGUUUUAUGUGUGCUGUGUCAGGUCACGGCUGUGGACUAUUGGGCGGAGUGCUGCCUCCCGACCACUGCUAUGGCCACGAGGGUUACCACUGGUCGUGCGGUGAAGAGCUACGAGCAGUCAGCAGCGCCCAGCGAGGGAGUCUGCCGGCUGUUGCGAGCAGGAGAGGACGUGAGUGUGCAGGUUUUAUGUGUGCUGUGUCAGGUCACGGCGGUGGACUAUUGGGCGGAGUGCUGCCUCCCGACCACUGCUAUGGCCACGAGGGUUACCACUGGUCGUGCGGUGAAGAGCUACGAGCAGUCAGCAGCGCCCAGCGAGGGAGUCUGCCGGCUGUUGCGAGCAGGAGAGGACGUGAGUGUGCAGGUUUUAUGUGUGCUGUGUCAGGUCACGGCUGUGGACUAUUGGGCGGAGUGCUGCCUCCCAACCACUGCUAUGGCCACGAGGGUUACCACUGGUCGUGCGGUGAAGAGCUACGAGCAGUCAGCAGCGCCCAGCGAGGGAGUCCGCCGGCUGUUGCGAGCAGGAGAGGACGUGAGUGUGCAGGUUUUAUGUGUGCUGUGUCAGGUCACGGCGGUGGACUAUUGGGCGGAGUGCUGCCUCCCGACCACUGCUAUGGACACGAGGGUUACCACUGGUCGUGCGGUGAAGAGCUACGAGCAGUCAGCAGCGCCCAGCGAGGGAGUCUGCCGGCUGUUGCGAGCAGGAGAGGACGUGAGUGUGCAGGUUUUAUGUGUGCUGUGUCAGGUCACGGCUGUGGACUAUUGGGUGGAGUGCUGCCUCCCGACCACUGCUAUGGCCACGAGGGUUACCACUGGUCGUGCGGUGAAGAGCUACGAGCAGUCAGCAGCGCCCAGCGAGGGAGUCUGCCGGCUGUUGCGAGCAGGAGAGGACGUGAGUGUGCAGGUUUUAUGUGUGCUGUGUCAGGUCACGGCUGUGGACUAUUGGGUGGAGUGCUGCCUCCCGACCACUGCUAUGGCCACGAGGGUUACCACUGGUCGUGCGGUGAAGAGCUACGAGCAGUCAGCAGCGCCCAGCGAGGGAGUCUGCCGGCUGUUGCGAGCAGGAGAGGACGUGAGUGUGCAGGUUUUGUGUGUGCUGUGUCAGGUCACGGCUGUGGACUAUUGGGUGGAGUGCUGCCUCCCGACCACUGCUAUGGCCACGAGGGUUACCACUGGUCGUGCGGUGAAGAGCUACGAGCAGUCAGCAGCGCCCAGCGAGGGAGUCUGCCGGCUGUUGCGAGCAGGAGAGGACGUGAGUGUGCAGGUUUUAUGUGUGCUGUGUCAGGUCACGGCGGUGGACUAUUGGGUGGAGUGCUGCCUCCCGACCACUGCUAUGGCCACGAGGGUUACCACUGGUCGUGCGGUGAAGAGCUACGAGCAGUCAGCAGCGCCCAGCGAGGGAGUCUGCCGGCUGUUGCGAGCAGGAGAGGACGUGAGUGUGCAGGUUUUAUGUGUGCUGUGUCAGGUCACGGCGGUGGACUAUUGGGUGGAGUGCUGCCUCCCGACCACUGCUAUGGACACGAGGGUUACCACUGGUCGUUCGGUGAAGAGCUACGAGCAGUCAGCAGCGCCCAGCGAGGGAGUCUGCCGGCUGUUGCGAGCAGGAGAGGACGUGAGUGUGCAGGUUUUAUGUGUGCUGUGUCAGGUCACGGCUGUGGACUAUUGGGUGGAGUGCUGCCUCCCGACCACUGCUAUGGCCACGAGGGUUACCACUGGUCGUGCGGUGAAGAGCUACGAGCAGUCAGCAGCGCCCAGCGAGGGAGUCCGCCGGCUGUUGCGAGCAGGAGAGGACAUUUGCUGUUCGUGACUCUACCUGUGUGUGUGCUUGGAGAUUACAUCCCUGGGAAGGUCAGUCUUAGGUGGAGGUGGAUUUUAAUCAUUGGCUGCCACAAACUACAAGAGUAGCACCAUGUAUACAGGGGUUGAUCCCGACCAACUUUGCUCUUGCCCCUCAUGACUACAGCAGCUUUCAUUAAACAAGUUUAGAGGAAAUUGGCAUGAAGUGAAUGAAGAGUCAUUUUGGUGAGGGAGGGAGGGGGGAGGGUGGAAAAUAGAACCAAUCAUUAACAUUUGAUCAAAUUUGAGAUUCAUAUUUACAAAUGUUUAUUAUUAUUUAAUUCAUGUAUCAUCUGAAUUAUUGAACCAUUUACUUCCCAAAAUGUUUUUUAUUUAUGUAGGUCAUGUUGGUAGAAAAUUCUGUGCCUCUGUUUAUUGUUAAUUACACUAAUUACUUGUAAUAUCAGACUAUAUGUAAAAUUUAUUAUGUAAUGAAACUGAUAUAUGUAUCAUUCAUGAAGAAAUAAAGUUGGUCUUGAACAGGA